AUGGCUGGUUCGAAUUCUCCGAUAGAUGAGACGGAAAAGUCUCUAGUGCAGAAAGCUAGAGCUUGGGGAGAGAACUCGUUCCCGCCCACCCUGCUCGCAACUCUCAUCACAGCGCAGCACAUGCGCCCGUUCCAGCCACUUCCGAUGCUGUUCCCUCCGGUCCUUCUGUUCACAAGCUAUGCCAACAUCCAGGGGUUCAAGACUGAUACGGCUGGCAUUAGCGCGGCGUGGUCCGGGCUGUAUCUGUUGCUGGCAGCUCGCCGCAAGCAGCCGUUUAUGAAGAAAUGGGGCGCUCGGGGCAUUGUCCGCGGCAUGACCAUGGGUCUGGGCUUGUUCAACAUGGUCUGUGGUGGUCUGGCCUACACCCUGGGGAAGCGAGAAGAUGAGGAGGAAUAA